GGUCUGGAUUUGGUCUGGAUCGUGGAUGUUGAUUUGGUUAUAGGUUAUAUGCCUUGCUCGCUGAUUGUGUUGCCACUCGGGGGCGACCUAAAAGUUUAAGAGGUUUGCGCAAAUGUGCGGGUGGGGGGUGGGAUUAAUGGCAUAGGUCAAGGUCUAUAGGUAGGUCUUGGGCAAUCCUACCAUGGCACUCUCUCUGGGGCUGUCAACAGUGCAGAGGCUGGCAGCUAAUGUCCUGGAUAUGAGCCUUUCGCGGAGCCUGUGUGCUCUAACCAUCUCCACGAGGAAGGACAUCAGCACCUCUUCUGCAGCUGCCAUCGCUGUAUCACACCCACUCUGUGCGGAGCCUCUGAAGAAGAAGAAGCGUAUCGACCCGGCGGUGGUGCGCGCGCGGGAGGAGCGGCGCCGACGUAAGCUGGAGAAGGCCAUCCGCCGGCUGGAGAAGAGCUCCCGCCAGCUGAAACCUCUGGCCGAGAUGGAGCUUCCGCGCGAGGUGCGCGCCGAACUGAGCGAGCGUCGCCGGCCGGCCCGGCCGCUCACCACUGAGGAGGCCAAUGAGAGGUUCGAUCUGAUGAAGGAGUGGACCCGCCACCGGCGCGAACAGCACGUGGCAGAUGUGGCGGUGUUACGGCGGAUCCAGGAAUCCCGAGCCAAGGCGCUCAGGGAACUCCGAGCAGAGUCGUUCCAGCUCUACUGCGCUGCCAUCGAGGAGGACCCCGACCUGGUACCGUGGGCGCACAGCGGACCCACGCUGACGCCACCCAUCGACGGCUACGACGCGCCCGACGGCGACUAUGUGGACACAACGCGACGCUGGGAGUGACCGUCGAAUCAGGCUAGUUCGGGGAGAGAGGGGGACCGUCGAAUCCGGCUAGUUCGGGAGAGAGGGGGCGCGGCGGUCCCGCGGAGCCGACCGGGCCGUGCUGUACUGUGUGGUGUGACAUUAUGAUUGUGAAUACAGUGGAAUGUGGAUCA